UGUAUCAAUGAAUUUGAAUCUCUUGAUGUUUUUGCUCAUUACGCCACUGUUCACUAGUUCAUGAAAAACAUUUGAAAUAUUGUAUGAAAGCAAACAUUUUAUCACAGAAGCAAUAUGACCAUUGCCACAUCACAGGAAGCUAACACACAAACGGAUAUAAACAUACGCAGGUAAAAUGAUUACCUAUUCUACCUAACAGUCUUAAUAUAUUUGAAAAAGAAAACAACUAUGAACCUAUGCAGGCGGUGUCAGAGCAUUUUGUUCGGGGGCAUAAGUUUCAAUGAAGCUCACGAUAACAUACCUGAGUAGCUGUCUCGUCACUGUUGUUUCACUCCGUACAGGUAAUUCUGAAGAGUCGUUAAAGUCACUCCAUAGCAACCACCUCCAGGACGUUCUCCAACACAACUCUCAAAGGCAACACGACUGGGUAAAACGAUGGACAGAGACUGGCAGAACAUCUCCAGGAAUGAUGCCUGGGUGUGGAAACCUUUUGCCUGGGAGUGGUGGAUAUGUAUCCAGUUGGUGCUAGCCAUCGUCGGUCUACUAGGAAACUUACUGGUGAUGCUGGUCAUCUUUUGGCCAGGACGUCGACGCUGUGCCACCGACACCUUGAUAGGCGCUUUAGCCGUGGCCGAUUUCUUAACAUCCAUCUUCAUCAUACCACAUCCAAUAGUGGACAUGUACCCUGACACCAAUGCAGCUAGGUUCUACUGCAAGAUUGUCCACACUUCCACCUUGAUGUGGAUAUCCAUAUGCGCAUCCAUCUUCACCCUGACAACCAUAUCGGUCGAGAAGUUAAUUGCUGUACGGUAUCCUGUCUGGUUUCAACGUCUCUCCACUCCAAAGCGUGCCACCAUCGCUAUUGUCUGUAUCUGGAUUGUAGCCUUUGGUAUCAACACUCGGAGUCUCUAUGCUCGUUACGUAUCGAAUGGUAAAUGUUUAUCCUCCAAACACUCUGUGGCAUUAUUUAUCGGAGUCGCUCUAUUCCUUGUGGAGUAUGUCCUACCGGUUAGUGUCACGGUAAUAGCGCACGUGUGGACCAUCUGUGUUCUACGUCGACGCCGGGUAACAGCGCUCCGCAAGGCGCAGAGCCUUGUUCUUCAAAUGCUUCUCAUCGUCGUCAUCACUUUCAUCAUCUGCUGGACACCUGAUCAAUUUGGAUUCUUGGUCUUCAACCUCGGCAUAGUCCCGGCCACCUACCUCUUCAGUCCUCUCUACCGAUGCUUCGUCAUCCUUGCCUUCGCGAAUUCCUGUGUGAACCCUUUCAUUUACGCCGCUAGGAUACCUAAGUUUAGGAAAGCUCUCAAGGAUAUGUUUAUGAGAAAGAGUGGUAAUCGCGGAAUUCAUUCACUCUCUGCUGGUGAAGGGGAAGGAGCAUAUGGAAACGUUGUAUCAUCUGCUCAAUCGUGA